UGUCUUGCUUUUGCUUUUGUCAAAAGAAGUCUUCAUUUCAACAGUUUUGGAAAUUGCAGAAUCAAUUUUGUAAAUUUUGUUGUACUAACGAAUUCUAGGUAAAAUAGCAUAAAGAAAUAUGUUUCGUGUAACUAGAAAUAUAAUACGUACACUUUCGAAUGUACAGAAAAUUAAUUCAAAUCAGAGUAAUUUACUCAUAGUGAUACAGAAACAGAGAUCGUUAUCCAAUUCAGCUGAUGAAAAAUUUUCUUUGAAACAUGAAGAAUUUGGACGGCCUCUUUAUUUUGAUGCACAAGCAACAACACCAAUGGAUCCAAGAGUCCUUGAUGCUAUGCUCCCCUACCUGGUCAGUUAUCAUGGUAAUCCCCAUUCUCGAACCCACGCCUACGGUUGGGAAAGUGAAGCAGCAGUAGAAAAGGCACGAGAACAAGUUGCUCACCUGAUUGGGGCAGACCCUAAAGAGAUCAUAUUUACUUCAGGGGCCACUGAAUCCAACAACAUAUCUGUGAAAGGUGUUGCACGAUUCUAUGCACCAAGGAAGAAACAUGUUGUUACUACUCAAAUUGAACAUAAAUGUGUUUUAGACUCAUGUCGUGCCUUAGAAGGGGAAGGUUUCAAAAUUACAUACUUGCCUGUUCGCAGCAAUGGAAUAAUUGACCUCAAGGAAUUAGAAAAUGCACUUACACCUGAAACAAGUCUGGUGUCAAUAAUGACUGUAAAUAAUGAAAUAGGUGUGCAACAACCAAUAGCUGAGAUUGGAGCAAUAUGUAAAAGCAAAAAGAUAUUCUUUCACACAGAUGCAGCACAAGCAGUUGGGAAAAUGCCUUUAGAUGUUAAUAAAAUGAACAUUGAUUUAAUGUCAAUUUCUGGACACAAAUUGUAUGGCCCAAAAGGUGUCGGCGCCUUAUUUAUUAGGCGUCGACCCAGGGUACGAGUGGAACCCAUACAAAGUGGUGGAGGGCAGGAGAGAGGCAUGAGAAGUGGCACUGUUCCCACACCUCUGGUUGUUGGAUUAGGUGCUGCAUGCGAACUGGCAGAGCGUGAAAUGGCAUACGAUCAUGCUUGGAUGAAGAAAUUAGCGCAAAGAUUUUUAGAUAAAAUAAACUCAAAACUAACACAUGUUAUUCGAAAUGGAGACCCAAAAGAAUCAUAUCCAGGCUGUAUAAAUCUGUCAUUUGCAUUUGUUGAAGGUGAAUCUUUGUUAAUGGCAUUGAAAGACGUGGCAUUAUCUAGUGGGUCUGCCUGUACUUCAGCAUCACUGGAACCUUCUUAUGUAUUGCGAGCGAUUGGAACUGACGAGGACUUGGCGCACAGCUCUAUCAGAUUUGGUUUGGGCCGAUUCACAACAGUGGAAGAAGUAGACUACACAGCUGAAAAAACAAUCAGACAUGUGGAGAGGCUUCGUGAAAUGAGUCCCCUGUGGGAGAUGGUACAAGAAGGUGUAGAUAUCAAAACAAUACAAUGGUCUCAGCAUUAAUAUUUUAUUAUUAAAUAUAUUUAAUUCAAAACAUCAAAGAAGCUUCAAAAAUUCCAGCUUAUGCUUAAAGAGAUCUGGUGAGAAUAUUAAUGUAUUAUUAACUUAUACAAAUAGGGUUUUUAUUAUUUUGUUGUCCUUUAAAUCUUUGGACAUUUGAAAGACACCUUUGACUUCAUUGUGAUAAAAUUUGUCAUGUUGACUCUAAGGAAACAUUGAUGUUGAACAAAUUAUGUGAUAAAAAUGUCUAGCAGUCUGUUUAUAUGUCAUAAUCAUUUUAAAAUAUGGAACAAUAAAGUUAAUUGUAACUAAUUACCAUAAUAUUUUGUUGUGAAUAGAUAUUAUU